AUGGAGGAAAAAGAGUUAAGCAAAUUGUUGGCCAAUGUCAAGAUAGACCCAAGCCUAACGUCAAGAAUUAGCCAAAUGGACAGCUUCAAACUAUCGGAAUUGAUGGUGUUAAAGACGGAUAUCGAGGCACAACUGGAGGCGUACUUCAGCGUCCUCGAGGAGCAAGGUAUCGGAAUGGAUUCUGCGUUGGUAACGCCGGACGGAUAUCCUCGUUCGGAUGUCGACGUAUUGCAGGUCACCAUGAUCAGGAAGAAUGUCAAUAUGCUAAAGAAUGAUUUAAAUUACCUUUUGCAAAGAUCGCAUGUCCUGCUAAAUCAGCACUUUGAUAAUAUGAAUGUUAGGUCGAAUCAAAACACAACCAGGAAUAACGACGAUCAAGCCAUUCAGUAUACCAUCCCAUUUGCAUUUAUUAGUGAGGUAGUACCUGGUAGCCCUGCAGAUAAAGCAGAUAUGAAGGUCGAUGAUAAACUGAUUUCUAUUGGUAAUGUACAUGCUGCAAACCAUUCUAAACUUCAAAAUAUUCAGAUGGUUGUCAUAAAGAAUGAAGACAAGCCACUUCCCGUCCUUCUGUUGAGGGAAGGGCAAAUCCUAAAAACAUCGCUGACGCCUUCGAGAAACUGGGAGGGUAGAGGUCUUCUGGGGUGUAGGAUACAAGAGCUGUAA